CUGUCCCCUUUGCCCCCUAAGCAUUCUGCAGAGAAAGGGAGCGGAGAAGGAGGCUGGGGAGGGAGAAGAUCUCCCAAGAAGUUCUCGCUGACCAGCUGGCUGUCUUGCAGGAUCUCAAAUGGUUUUCUUUAGGGCCGGUUUAUUCUACUUGCCCCCUAGAUAUCACAGAAAGCCAUCCCCCUUAUAACUUGGAUUUUCUUCUUGGCUGUUUUUUUAGGCCACUUCUGGAAAGGUGCUUAUUGCCAACAAACAGAUGACUUAAAACCUACAUGGAUUACACACGUUUUAUUUAUGUCAACCCUGCAGAGAGCUGGAUGCUGCAGUGAGCACAGGAUAUAAAGGGAAUGCCCAGAGAAGCAGAGGCAAGCUCUCUGCAGGACAGGUGUGCUCUGACGGAGGCUGAACUGUGAGGUGGAGGAGGCCGUAACGAGGCCCAGAGGGAGCCUCCCAUCCUCCCUACCUGAUCAGCGCUAGAGGCCCGACGGCCAUGGCUCCCCGAAAGCGUGGGGGCGGCAGCAGCCGUGGUGGCCUCUCCUUCGUCUUCUGCUGUUUCAACAGCAACGAUCACCCUGAGAUCACCUACAAACUGAGAGAGGACUUUGCCCUGCAGAGCAUGGAGCCAGCUCUGCCCAUGCCCGGAUAUGAUGAGCUGGAUAACAUGUUCUCUGAGUUGGUGGAUGAGCUUGACCUUACAGAAAAACACAGGGAAGCCAUGUUCGCCCUACCAGCAGAGAAGAAAUGGCAAAUCUACUGCAGCAAGAAGAAGGAACAAGAAGAAAAUAAAAGUGCAACUAGUUGGCCAGAAUAUUAUAUUGAUCAGCUCAAUUUAAUGGCAGCUAGAAAGACACUUCUCGCGCUGGAGAAGGAAGAUGAGGAAGAAAGAAAUAAAACUGUAGAGAGCCUGAAGACAGCUCUGAGGACACAGCCUAUGAGGUUUGUGACACGUUUCAUCGAUCUGGAUGGCCUGACAUGCAUCCUCAACUUCCUGAAGAGCAUGGACUAUGACACCACAGAAUCACAGAUCCAUACGUCGCUGAUCGGCUGCAUUAAGGCUCUGAUGAACAACUCACAAGGCCGCGCCCACGUCCUCGCGCACACAGAGAGCAUUAAUAUCAUCGCUCAGAGCCUGGCCACAGAAAACAUUAAGACUAAGGUGGCAGUGCUUGAAAUAAUGGGCGCAGUGUGCCUGGUUCCUGGUGGACACAAAAAGAUCCUGGAGGCCAUGCUUCACUACCAACGCUUCGCCUGCGAGAGAACGCGCUUCCAGUCGCUAAUAAAUGAGCUGGAUCGCAGCACUGGGAGAUACAGAGAUGAAGUCAGCUUGAAAACAGCCAUCAUGUCCUUUAUUAACGCUGUACUGAGUCAAGGAGCUGGAGAGACUAGUUUGGAAUUUCGAAUCCACCUUCGAUAUGAAUUUCUUAUGCUGGGAAUUCAACCUGUGAUCGAUAAGCUGCGAUCACAUGAAAACUCCACAUUAGAUAGGCAUUUAGACUACUUUGAAAUGCUGCGGAACGAAGACGAGCUCGCUUUGUCUAAACGGUUCGAGUCGGUACACAUAGACACAAAAAGUGCCACUCAAGUUUUCGAUCUCAUCCGCAAGAAGAUGAACCUCACCGAUGCAUACCCACACUUUAUGUCUGUGCUGCAUCACUGUCUGCUAAUGCCACACAAGAGAAGUGGAAACACGGUACAGUACUGGCUGCUGUUGGACCGGAUCGUCCAGCAGAUGGUCCUACAGAAUGAUAAAGGUCACGACCCCGACAUCGCACCACUGGAGAACUUUGACGUAAAGAAUGUGGUCAGGAUGCUGGUUAAUGAAAACGAGGUUAAACAGUGGAAAGAGCAGGCAGAGAAAAUGAGGAAAGAGCACCAUGAGCUGCAGCAAAGGUUUGAGAAGAAAGAGCGUGAAUGUGAUGCAAAGACGCAGGAGAAAGAGGAAAUGAUGCAGACGCUCAACAAGAUGAAAGAGAAGCUGGAAAAGGAGAGCAACGAACACAAGAAUGUAAAACAGCAAGUGGCUGAACUUACAGCACAACUGCACGAGCUCAGCACCAGACGGGCAGCAGCUGUUGUUCCUGGAGGUCCUCCCCUGCCCCCCGGCCCCCCUGGCAGCCCUCUGCCUCCUUCGACGAUGCCAGCAUUUACAGGCCUGUGUCCCCCUCCUCCUCCCCCUCCUCCUGGUGGUGCGAUGCCUCCUCCGCCUCCCCCACCUCCACCACCUGGUGGCCCUCCACCUCCCCCUGGGCGAGCACCCACUGGGGGUAUCCCUCCACCACCAGGAGCCCCCCUGGGACCUUCUUUAAAGAAGAAGACCAUUCCUCAGCCAUCCAAUGCGCUCAAGUCUUUCAACUGGUCCAAGUUGGCUGAGAAUAAACUGGAGGGAACUGUUUGGAUGGAUGUGGACGAUGCCAGAGUUUUUAAAAUCUUAGACCUGAAAGACAUAGAAAAGACCUUCUCAGCCUAUCAGAGACAGCAGAAAGAAGCAGAAGACGACACAUUGGGGUCAAAGAAAGUCAAGGAGCUGUCAGUCAUUGAUGGUCGUCGGGCUCAAAACUGCAACAUUCUUCUCUCACGACUGAAGCUCUCGAAUGAGGAGAUGAAAAGAGCCAUUCUUACCAUGGAUGAGCAUGAGGACCUUCCUAAAGACAUGCUGGAGCAGCUGCUGAAGUUUGUUCCUGAGAAGAGUGAUGUGGAUCUACUGGAGGAACACAAGCAUGAGCUGGAUCGAAUGGCUAAACCUGACCGCUUCCUCUAUGAGAUGAGCAGAAUAAACCACUACCAACAGAGGCUUCAGUCUUUAUACUUCAAGAAGAAGUUUGCAGAGAGGAUAGCUGAGAUCAAACCCAAAAUUGAAGCUCUUACCAAGGCUUCUAAGGAGAUAUUACACAGCAAAAACCUAAAGCAGCUGCUGGAGGUGGUGCUCGCUUUUGGAAACUACAUGAACAAGGGUCAGAGGGGCAAUGCGUAUGGCUUUAAAGUGUCCUCACUCAACAAGAUCGCUGAUACCAAAUCUAGUAUUGACAAAAACAUUACUCUGCUGCACUACUUGAUCACCAUCCUAGAGAAGAAAUAUCCCAAAGUCCUGAAGUUCCAGGAAGACCUGCAGAGUGUCUCAGAGGCAGCUAAAGUCAACAUGACAGAGCUGGAAAAAGAUAUCGGAAACCUGCGCAGCGGCUUAAAGAGUGUAGAGAGUGAGCUGGAAUUUCAGAAGAAACGCCCGCAGGAACCGGGCGAUAAGUUUGUGUCCGUGGUGAGCCAGUUCAUCACGGUGGCCAGCUUCAGCUUCUCUGAUGUGGAGGACUCUCUAACUGAAAGCAAAGAACUGUUCCUGAGGGCAGUGAAGCACUUUGGGGAGGAUGCCGGCAAGAUGCAGCCAGAUGAGUUCUUUGGCAUCUUUGACCAGUUCCUGCAAUCCUUCAGCGAGGCUCAGCAGGAAAACGAGAACAUAAGAAAACGAAAGGAAGAGGAGGAGCGCAGGGCCAAAAUGGAAGCUCAGCUGAAAGAACAAAGGGAGAAAGAGCGCAAGGCCCGGAAAGCCAAAGCAAAUGGUGAGGACGACGGCGGCGAGUUUGAUGACCUUGUGUCUGCGCUGCGAUCAGGCGAGGUCUUCGACAAGGAUCUGUCCAAGAUGAAACGCAACCGCAAGCGGAUCAACCUCCAGAACACGGACCCUAGCAGAGAGCGGCCGGUCACCAAGCUCAACAUCUAACCGUCCAUCUCUCUCUGCAUUGCUUUCUCUCGGGGUCAAACCGACCUGCACAUUCCUCUGCCCAUUCAUUCACCACCACCCAGGAAGGCAUUAAUUUAUCAUGACCGCGUCGCAGAGCCAUGCACCACACAACACGUUCAGAUACUGUCUGUUUUUCCUUAUUCUGUUAUUGAGAAAUGAGAGGGUGCAGAAACCAAAUGCCAAUGAAGUGUGAGCAAACCAGUUCAGUUUGUUCGGACGAAGCUGGAGAAGAGCCUCCCUCCAGGUGUGGGAAAUGCUCGUGGUUGUUUGAUAGCAUCCCUUCUGUGCUGCUUUUUUUACAUCAGAAUCUAUGCACAAACUAAGAUGUGCAGCUUUUAGUCUCCUUUAGAGCCGGGUGCGUUAUCCAAAAAAGAAAAAAAAGAGAGGCCAUUUUGUACAGACUGGUUUCAUCAAUCGAAAGGAGGCCAGGUUCAGGUACCAGAGGUGUCCCACAGAGACUCGCUGACUGUAACACUGGGACCGAUGCGAUUUAAACUAACAGAGAAGCAGGGAUUUUUCUAUUCAAACUGAUGGGGAGCAUUUAUUAUGUCAUGUGUAUGUUUCAUUUGAACAUUCUCCUGCUAAGAGCUGGCCUUGACUCUGUUGGUUUUAUUUGUUUGGUGGGGUACUUUCACAACCUGAAGCCUCUCAAAGUGUGUGAAAACUCAUACAUAGACCACAUAUAUCCAAAUAUAAGGGUGUGUGCCUUGCACAUGCAUAUAGACGUAUAUAAUUCUUACGCUAGAUGCCAUUUUAAGAACAGAAUACAAUUCUUGCAAUAUAUUUCCUCACCACUGAAGAGAGUCACCCUCCUCCCCUCCAAUGUCUUUAUUUGAACAAAUUAAAUAUGUUUUCAGCACACUGGCUGGAUUUCCACUGCAUUAAAAAACCCAUGUAUAAGUUACUUUUUAUUUGUAUUUCUGCUUUGUGAAUCCAUCCCAUGUCAAAAAAUCCCUGCUCAACUUUUAUAAUUUAAAUACUGCCUUCCAUUUGAUCAGAUAUUAAUAAUUAUUAUAAUAAAUGGGAGAAAUUA